GGGGAUGAAUUUUUCUACUUACUUACAUCGUCUGCAGAUUCGUUUGGAGAAAAUGAAAAUGUUGAUAAACUCCAACUUGGAAGAAUUGCUGCGAUACUGGCGGAUAAUGCACGUGAAGGAAGUUUUGAAAGCUGAGAAUAUCAACAGCGUCGGAGCGUUUAACAGAACGGACCUUAGAUUAUUGGUUAAUAAAAUUGACUCUCGUGAUAUAAAGAUGCUAACGUUGAUGCAGCAACGUCUGCUUUCCAACUCCCACGCCUCUAUUCCUUGGGAGAUGAAUAUUGAAGACGUGUUAUUGUCUGGUGACUCUGAUGCUAUGAACGUGUUGAUAACGGUAUCUCUUCUUCAUUCUACUAACAUUUCUUUAGACCUACUGAGAAAGGUUACCAUUCCAAUGUCAAAUGAUGAAAUUGGACGCAACAAUCGCAUCACUGCUGCCGUCGGUCACUUGUCCGAAUAUUCUCUUGUUGAAGUAAACAAGGAAUCGAACACUUGUUCAAUGCACAAUCUUGUUCAACAGGCUGUCGUAGAAUACGCGAUGAGAAAAAAAGCGUACGUUUCACUGUUGCAGUCCUUGUGCGCUCACUUUGCCAUUAUAUUUCCGCGCACCGAGAAAGAACUUCAAAGACAAUUGCGCGAGUUUCACAGUUUCUCUCUUCACGUUUACAGUGUGGCAGAGGCUGUUCUAGAAAGCGAUCUUGUGUUGGAUCAGAGUUGUGAGCAAUUAGUUAGGAUCGCUUGUUGGCUGGCUAUAAAUUAUGAACAUCUGCAAACAGCAGAAUUCUUGACAAAAAGAAGACUGGAAGUUGUGGAAACUAAGUCAAGUAAUGAAACGCAGUUUCAAGACUCUCGACUUUUGAAUGAAUGUCUUCUAGACUUGGGUUCUGUUUACGGCAUGUUGGCUCAACCUGAGAUAGCGCUUACGUAUCUGACGAGGUCUCUGGAGUCUAUGGAAAAAAGUAAAGAGAAAAAUUCCUUCAGUGAUCUAAUAAGAGAGGCUCGACAUUGGGUGGCAAGCUGUCGACGCUCGUUAGCACAGUUUUCUCUUGCUGAAAAGGUGCUUCUUCUUCAACUCAAAUUUGAUGAAAGCCAGGGAGACAAAAGAAACAUGUCACGAGCUCUCAAUGGUUUGGGCUUGGUAUAUAGAAAUUGGGGGAAAAUGGUCAGAGCAAUCAAAAUGUAUGAAAAGUCGCUGAAUCUGCGAGAAGAGCUGAACGAGAGUCUUUCGUUCGAUUAUUCUAUAACGCUUAUAAAUCUUGCCAACUGCUAUUUGUCAUUCGGACGAUUAGUACAAGCUCAGGAUUUGUACGAAGAGGCUAUAAAGAUUAGGCAAAGCAUAUUACCCUCACAACAUCCGCGGUUGGCAUUAGGAAUGAGACGACUAGCAUACUGCUAUUGCAUGCAAAGCGAUGUGUUAAAUGGUACAAAGUUGGCUCUAGACGCUUUAGACAUGAUUACUUUAUUUCUUCCUCGCAGCCAUCCUCACGUUUACGGGUAUUUUACUACUAUCGGCUAUUGCUGCCUCGUCUCAAACAACAGCACUUGUUCUAUCGAGUUUUAUGAGAAAGCUGUGGAACUUUUUGAAGAAACCACCAAAUUUGAGACAUCCUUAGUAAUUGCUGCUAGGAGAGGGCUCGCUCGUGCUCUCGGUAAAGAUGAAAAGAAAGACGAGGCUAUGGAAAUAUUGAGAGAAUCUCUAACUCUCGCGAAGAAGGAAUUACCAGAGGGUCAUCCAGAUAUUAUUUACACUGCCGUCGACCUCGCCGUGUUUCUAGCCAUGACACGAGACUACGAAAACGCCAUCCAUCUUCUCACGAAGUCUUUGCUCGUACUGCGUGACAGCAACCCAACUAGCGUAUACACUGCUAAAGCUUUAUAUUGUUUGGCGUAUAGUCAGUAUAAAUUGAAACGAUGGGAAGAAGCAGCAGUGAGUGGCACUGAAAGCUUGCGACUGCGCAGAAAGAUGUUUCCUCAUGGACAUGUUAGGAUCACUGAAACUAUAACGCUGUUAGAUAAAAUUUUCAAGGUCAAGCAAGGUGUGGGGUGUUUUUCAUUUCCGGACUUUCUUAUUUUGUACUGUGCGUGUUUCACGAUAGUUCACGUGAUGAAGAGGUUAUAUUUGCUUUGAUGGUGGUCGUGCGGUUGAAUUCGUUAUACAUAUGGGAGUCACUUGAAUUGGGACAAUAGCUUGCUGAUAGCAGUCUGCACACAUACGGUACUACCAACAGACUACCUG